UCCCUAUGAAUGCAAUGAUCCGUUUACCAAUAAACAUUGUCAAAUCUUACAACUUCUCAUAGACAGAGAAUCUGCUGAAGCAAACAGAAAACAUGUGAUAGUGAAAAGUGAGAGAGGACAAAUUUAACAAAGAAAUUAUUUAUAUUAAUGGUGCAAAGAGUUGGACAACUGGCCCAUUUUAAACCAACAGUUGAGGAUAUUAUUGAGGGUUUUUAUGGUGCUAGAUUGUUCACAUGUCGACCAAACGGAACAUGCUUAAGUUCCUGACACACAAACUAAAAUCUCAAACAUUAAACGAAGUACAACCUUACACAGAAAAGGAAGAUGAUGAUCGAGACUCAGGUACUGAAUCUGAUGAAGAAAACGAAGAUGACUGUAUAGAAGCAGAUGAAUUUAAUAAUAAUAAAUGUAGACGAUCUUUACCAAUACCUGUAAACCAGAAUUCAACGAUAUGGGGGUCAACACAUGAAAUCAGCGAGCAUAACUUGGACAGAAUAAGUUGUACAUCUGACUACAACUUGGACAGUAUUAGUUGUACGUCUGACUACGAAAGACAAAGUUUAGACUUUGAGCAUCAUAGCUCAGAAGAGGAAUUAGAAAUUCUUCAUAAGGAAUUUGUAGCAGAGAAACGAAAGCGUUUACAGCCACAUCGACAUUGUGAUAGUGCGUCAGAUGAGGAAGUGAAAGAAUUCAUGUUACAACCUCAGCCCAUUAAUUUCAGCUCUUCCCCACCAAAAGUUGUUCACACACAAAUUACUCCUGUAACAGUGAUGACGAUAUCCUCACGGAAACGACAUCGUCAGAAUACUACCUCUGAUUCACCUAUGGACUCUUCUCUUCAUCGACCCUCUUUAGAUUUUGAAAAAAUGCAGAAAAAUGCAGUUAAAAAACAGUGUACUCAUGGCAUAGGUAGAGCAAAAAUUGUUAAAAUUAAGACUGUGAAUGCAAAUAGCAAAUCUGCCAAAUCAGAUCCUGGAAUGUUUACAUUUAAAUCCAUCAGUAGUAAUUCUUACAGUUCCAUGACACCUGUGGAAGAACCAUCAUGUGCAUACUGAACAUUAUGAAGUUCAGGAUUAUCAUAAUGUCAAAUGAUCAAGUUCAGGAUCAGAGACUGAAAAAUGGCUUGUGAUAGAGUUCAAGAUCAGAUAAAAACUAAAACAUUUACUCCUUCAAUGAACAAAUGUGUUAUUUAUUAACUAUUUAUUUGUUAUUUGUCUUGUGUACAGAGGAGGACAAUAUUUAGUGAUAGUUUUAAUUUUUUCAAAUCACAAGAUAAUCAUAGCAUCAUUACAAGUAUCAUAUGACUGAUCAUGAGGAAGGUCAAGUGUUCUCUUUUCAAAAAUUGUAACUGAGUUAUCAUUAGGGAAAUCACAUCUGUCUGAGGACCCUAAUAGGAGGGAACUUUGGAAUAAUAUGAAAAGCUAUUGUUGUGCUGAUGAGCACUUAAGGUUUUCACAAUCAGAGAUGACAUUAUGGUAUUUAAAAUUUAAUAAACAUUAAGUAUAAUGUAUAAGUAUAAUAACGUAUUUUGAUACUAGCAAAUGUCAAUCUUAGAUUCUAUAAUCACAAAGAUCUGUUUUCAAGAUUUGCUAAUGUCACCAAAAAAUCUUUUGAAUAGAGACAUUAAAAUCUAUUAUUGACAUUGGGUAGUAUAGAAAUAUGAUACAUUAUUCAAUAAUUAAUAGGCAAAAUAAUCUUGUAAUAUUAAGCUCAGGUUUGUGUCUGUUUCAAUCUACCUGAUAAAAGUGCAUCAAGCAUUUUUAUGUAAUGAGGAUAGUCUAUCUUCCUAAAUAUUAUUAUCGCCACGAUAUAGCCUUGUUGUGCUAAUGCGGCGUAAAGCAACCAACAAUCAAUCAAUCAAUCCUAAAUAUUAAAUUUUUGAAAUGAGAACAGUCAAUCUUUCCCAUGUGUUACCAAGCAAUGCAAAACACAUUCUUCUCAAACAUUUGUCACUUUAUCAUUGUCAUUUUAUCAGCAGUUAUGGCUGGCCAUACUGCUGCCACCAUUGUAAUGCAUCAUAAUGAAAUGUAUGAAAAUUAGUGAUGGUAGCAAAUUUUCUAUAUGAAUCAUUUUGUCUCAUACCAGGUUCAUUAAUCGAAGAUUCACACAUUAUUUCCUUGUACAUGUACAGCAAAUUUAAUAAUCAAGUCAGAUCUAUGAAAGCCUAAAUAGAUUAAGCUUGUAGAUAUAGUAAGAAUAAGUUCCACUGAAUGUAUGACUAUUAUUGACUUUUAAAAGAUGGUAAUUGUCAGUUGUAAGAUUUGACAACAUGGAUUGAUUUUUAUGCAAGUAAACAAACUGAUGAAUAUAUAAAGGCAAUGCUGUUUUGACUCAGGUUCUUAAGUGCCAUAUUUAUUAAACAGUAAGUUUCAGGGAAAACAAUUUGGACAUUUAUUACAAAAAUAAUUGUUGUGACUUUUUCAUUAAGGUUUAUGGAUUGGUGAUAUUGUAUUUGAAAGGCCACACUCAAUCAUCAGAGUUUUUAACACUUUUGUUAUUUGAUUAGAAACCUUGUUUUUUAAAACUUGAUCUGCUCAGAUUUCUGAGGAGGAAAUCUUUAGAAUGCAACAACAACAAAAAUUGGUGUGGCCUGAAGAAGGCUUUUUUUAAUCAAGUUUAUAAAAAAGGCUUUGAAAUGGAAACAUUUUCUAGUAAGGCAAAGUGUCAUCAGAGUUAACAACUUAAUCAUAAGAGGGUGACAGAGGGAGUUUGGUGCUAUGUGCAUGAAAGAUAAUAAAAUAAAACAGAUUCGGUAUGAGUGAAAAAUAACCUUUUUCCUUCACACAGAAUAAAAAAUUACAAUUUACACAAUAAAAUAUCAAUGACAAUCCUCAGGUCAAAUAAAAGAAGACAAACACAUGACCAAAAUUAACCUUGUGUGUCACAAUAUUUUAUUGACAUCAAAUAAUAACACAUUGGUUAAUAACUUAAAUAGAGAUGAUAUUUUUAAAAAAUUUUCCUCAAAAUCUAGUUCGAUUAUUUUUUCUUAAAAAGUUUUAAAAUAGUGUAAAUAGUAAGAAUUGCCAAAUUUCUCUAUUAUUUUUCUCUCUAUCUCCCCUCAUUUCUCUGUCUUCUUGCUAUACCCUCUAAUCUCUGUUGCAUUUUAACUCUUUCUGAUCCAAAAACGAAUCAUAAUAUUUUGAGAUAUAAUUUAAUGAAAACCAAUAUCAACCAUUUUUCCCUAAAAAUUUGCACAUCUGCCUCUUAUUAUGAUAACUAUACCCUAUCUCCUCACAAUGGUCUCAGACUCCACCACUAAAUUACCAGCUUACUUUACAUUAUGGCUACUGUAUAAUGUAGUUGUAUCUGACAUGGUAUAAACUGUAUUUUUUGGCUCUGCCUUUAUCCCACUGAUCUCUAGCUGUGCUAGAAAGUUUUUUUCUCUAUUUUUACUGUAUUUUCUGCAGUCAUGUAUAUUAUCUAGCAUUGUAUUCUUUCUGAACUUUUCUAGACUUUUUAUGUACCCAAAUGAUCUUUGAUGCAUCUGUUUUAUAAAGAAUUUUUGUAAAAUAUUAGUAAGAGCUGUAAAUUUUAGCACUAUUAUUCUGUAUUGAUUCAUUUGACCAAUUUAUGCUAUAAUACUGUUAUAACACAAAUAUUGCUGUAGUGUAUUGACAGUUUUAUCUUAUGACUGUAAGAUUUUGGACUUUUUAUUCCAGAUUGCUGUAAAUUUUGGCAGUUAAUGUACCCCACUGAUCUCAGGUUGAAUUUGUGAUAUUUUAUAAAAGGAGAGAGAAUUAUUUUUAUUUCAUUCAGGGUUGCUAUCGAAAUGCAACAUUUUGUAUAAUGUUUUUAUUACAAUUUGAAAAAGUGGUAUAACAUUCUCAAUUAUGAUACAUGUUUUGAAAAUUCAACAAUUUGAGGCCACACCAAUUUUUUUCAUUGUUCUUAGGGAUUUGCCAUUGUAAUUUGUAAAAUUUUCUAUAAAAAGAAUUUGCUCAAAUACAAAGAGAAUAGUCUGAAAAUCUUUGUUUCAAAAAUAUCUGAUAAAUUACAAGGGAUUAUUUGAAUCUGGAAUAAUUUUUAAUACUGGCAAAUUGAUAAUAAGUGUAUGAUGAAAACAAACCCAAAGAAUGAGGGUUAGGGGUUAAUAAGUUCAUACUGAAAUAUCAGUGAAAGUUUCCGGAACCUUAGCCAUGAACCCUCCAUAGUUGAAUUAGUUUCCAUCAUACAUUAAUUUUGCCCUCUUUAUUCAAACCCUGGAUCUGCCCCCUAAUUGUGGCAUAAUCAUGCCUUUUCAAUAUGAAUGUACCUGAAUUAUAACCAUAAGGCUCCAAACCACAAUUAAUUCCCUUUGUUCAUGGUCUAGGAAUAUAGUUCCAAAGUAUUAUAUGGGGUAUUUCUUCCUGAGUAUUCUGACUACUGUUUUAUUUGAAAAGUUUACAAUUUAAGUGGUCCUAUCAGUUGCAUAUAUAUUGAAAUAUGUAAAACAUGUGGGAAAAUUUUAUAGUUGAAAGUGAAAGUAGUGGUUUGGCUCAAAUGAAAGUAGGGUAGAAAUUAGCCUUCAGCAUUUAUUCAAGGUUCAAAUCCUACCAUUGGCAUGUUAAAAGGGUUCUCGAAAGAAAAAGCAGAAAUGGAUUGUCCUGGGACAAGCAUAUUUUAUUAGCAUAAUAAUGGUCUAUUAGCAGUUUAAUUUAUUUUAUGUUUGUACCGGUGCAAAUUUUUAAUUCAUUUUGACUUUUACAAAGAAAUGCAUUGUAACCAAUGGAGAGAAUACUUGUGGUCUGAGGCCAUAAGUUCUUUGGAAUGUUAUUUUCUAGAUAUUCCGUUAAUUUUAUUUUUACCUUAAAAAAACAAUGAUGAACAAAAAUAUGAAAUUGGUGAGGCCUUAAUAUAGGAAAGUAUUUGAUAGCUUGUUUACCAAACAUAAAUUGAUGAGGCCUGAAUAUAAGUAAGAAUUUGACAGUUUGUUUACCAUACAGUGAAGCUUAUAAUGGCAUGGUAAACUUUUUUGUUUAUCUACAAAUGAAAUUUUUCUUUUAUGAUAGUUUGUUAAUUUUGUGGACAAAGACCACAAGUUUAUAAAUCUAUAUGAAUAAUUGAAUUAAAAAUCUAUAAACAAAGUUGAUAAUGGGAAUUGUUUUGAUAGCCCAACAGCUGGCUACUGAGAUAUUUAUCAUUUAUUGGAUCAAGUGCUAAAUAGAAAAAAUAAUGAAAAAAGAUUAGCAAUUCAAAAUUAUAAAAAAAUAUUGGGUAAUAAGGUAAAAAAUUUACACCAGGUACUGUGUUCAGUUAAAAGUGUCCAAUACAAUGGAAUUUCAACCAAUACCAAAAGGCCUUUCAUUUUUGCUGUUCAAUCACCAGGCAUUGUGAUUGGUUAAUUGUAUCCAAAACAAAAGAAAUUCAACCAAUACCAAUGACCUUUCAUUUUAAUGUGCAAUCCACAAAAUUUUCUUUGAUUCUGAAACAGUAAAGGAUAAAAUUUAAUGUUCAAAUGCUUUAUAUUUACCAAUUUUUAAAUUUUAAAAUUACAGUAAGUUUUCAACACCUUACUAAGAAGUGAUAUCCAUCUUCCAAUAAUAAACAUUGCUCUUUUUAUCUGAUUUCUAAAACCAAUCCUGGAAUGAUAAUAGGCUUUGAUCAUAGUAGGUGCUUUGUAUAUCCUGUUUCUUAUUGAACACAUUGUAAAAAACUGUGAUAGACUUGUGCUGUCUGAUGUAUUUUUCUGUCUGUAAAGAUCUUAAAUUAUUAAUUAUAUUAAUUAAAAAUUAUAAUAGAUCUUUAAAUAUUUAAUUCACCAAAGGUUAAAGUUGAAAUUGACUGGAGAAUGCUGAUCACCUAGUGAUCUAAGAGCAUACUUUAUUGCUAGAACAUUACAGGUUGUUGAUCUGUAAGAUAAAGAAUAUUAUUAUGUUAAUAUAUAUUUUUCAGCACAUGUUUUGAUGAAAGAUAGUAGUAAUAAAGUUAUACUGAUAUAUGUUACACCAGAUGAAAUUUGCAAUUUAGAUUUUUUAGAUUUCCACAUGUACUUACUUCUUCAUUCUAUUUUAUAACAACCUUCAUCUUAUUAAAAUGCAAUCAAAGUUCAUUUGACACUAUUCUUCCUCAAUAAGCUUCACUGCAUAUGAAAGUGAGGCUAUAGGUUGACCUUUGUCAGACUCUUCUCUCUGCCAAACAAAUAUUAAUAGACAGAUUGAUUAUUUCAAGGCUAGGUCAUUUUCACUUUGAACUUGUUCAAUAUGAGAUUGGCCUCUUACUUUUUUUUUAAUCAUUGAUGGACUCAUGUCAAUCUUGAGGGGCAUCAAAACAAAUUAAUUUAAAUAUCUGUAUUUUUCAAAGUGAGGCAAAGACCAGGGUUCAUAAUUUGGACAAGGUUUUAUCUUGCAAUGCUAUGAAUGACAAAAUAUGUUGAUAUAUUUUAGUAAGAAAGGUUAAACUCACAUUUAUUCAUCCUCAGACAUAAACAAAUACCUGUUGACAUCCCCUUUUCAAUAACAGUUUUCUCAUUGUACAUUAUAUAUGCUGGUACCCAGUUUAUAUUAUAAAUACUAGCACCCAGUAAAAUUACUACUGCUGGUUUCCAGUUAAAGUUAAAAUUUCUGGUUUCUAGAAUAAGUAUGUGUUUAAAGAUGCUGGUUCCUAGGAACUUUGUUGAUAAGAUUAACUCAGCGUUGACAGAGAUGACGUGAUAGUUGUACUACCUCUAGUAUGUAUAUUUUUGUGAAGAAAGAGAGUGUUGCUAUGGUGAUUGGACUGAUUGUAAAAAAUGGCUGAUAAUGCAUUAUACAAUUUUUGUAUUAAAAUAAAAGAAAUGUUGAAUAUAUA